AUGUUUUACGGAGAGGCACCAUCUCCACAGUUGUCUCUUGGCUACAGGAGAACCGGUCUGAACGCCCUGUGGGCCCUAGUUGAGGAAGUGCAUGGUGUACCAGCUCUCGGUUUAUCUGUAUGCUCCUGUGCAUGGUCUUGUACCAGUGUGAUACCCAGCAAAAAAGGAAAAAAUGAGGAAUUCCGGCUGCGGGCAUCGGCUGCCCGCACGCAAGCUGGUAGGUAUCCCGCGACGCCACAUACAUGUGACAAAGAUGGUGGAGGUACAGCGGACAGAAGCAACUGCAUGUGUGGUGUUGUGGUCCCAGUCUUAAAUGUAGUGUGCGGAAUCGAAGGCAUCGAUAUGCAACUGAUGCCAGCUAGUUUCAAGAGCGCUUCCCAGGCAAUCGCCGGGCUGAUUUGGGGUGUGCUCGCUGAUAGGAGCUCCCGCGUGCAGCUACUCUCUUUGGGUUGCGCUGGGUGGGGAAUUGUAUCCAUUUUCUUGGGAAGCUCCACAGCUUUCUGGCAGUUUGCACUCCUUAAGGUGCUCAAUGGCAUCGCCAUGGCCAGGUUCUCAGGAUGUAUUAUGGGGGCGAUGAUUGGUGGCUCCGUCGCCAAUAUUACAGCCAUAGAGGGCGUAAAGGGCUGGCGCCUCGCCUUUUUUUCUGCUGGCGUGCUGUCGCUGUUCGUUGCUUCCCUCGUCCAGCUUCUUGCGAAAGAGCCACCACGCAACCAAGUGACCCUAGUGAAUGAGUUACCAUUAGAUCUAGUCAAAAACAGCAACAAGCAACAAAAAGGCGCUUUCACUGAUUUUUAUCAGCGCUGCCACAACUUUUGCCGCGCUGCCUUCAGCAGAACAUUCCUGUUGCUCCUCCUGCAGGGUGUCUGCGGUUACAUCCCACUGCAUGCUUUUCAGUUCUACACGCUUUACUUCCAGUAUGUCGGAAUGCCGGACUGGCAGGCCUCUCUGCUUACAGCCUGUCCCCUGGUGGGAGGACUCUUAGGAUCACUCUUUGGGGGAUGGUUGGGGGAUCAGGCUGAGCGGUGGAGUGAGUUCCACGGCCGGCCUCUUGUUGGGCAACUUGGAACGCUUUUGGCCCUGCCGCUGAUUUACAUCGGGCUCCUCGGGAUCCCAAGAAGGCCAGAGUUUUUUGGUCUCUAUGCCAUCGAUAUGCUUGUUUUGGGUUUCGCAAUAUCUUGGUGUCCUAGCGGAGUGAACAGGCCGAUCCUCUCAGAAAUCGUGGAGCCGGAUUCGCGUGCUACGGUCUUUGCCACCCAAAUUGCUGUUGAGGGCAGUGUCUCCGCCCUUCUGGGGUCUCCCGUUAUCGCUCUUCUUGCUGAAUCGAUCUUUGGAUAUCGGACAGGUGUACCAUUCCACGCUGCGGUAGAGCGAGAAAGAAACACGGACGCGUUAGCAAAUGCGCUUCUAGUUGCCACCGCAUUUCCGUGGACUGUAUGUUUCUUCCUUUACGGGCUAAUGCACUUCACGUACCCCAAAGAUGCUAUUGCCUACGAGACGUUCCGUGCGGCAAGCACAGGGAUGCGGACACGCACCGACAGAAAUUACACCCCGCCCCCAGCAGGGGACCCGAUGUCUGCUAGUUCCAAGUCGUCCAAGUAG